UCAGCACAUCUCUAUUCAUUUGUCUGCUUCAGCUUCGUGUUUCAAGUGCGCCCCGGAAAAAAUUGAUAAAAUUUUCUUACAACUGGUGUAUUAGUUGAGAAAAUGUGUAUAUUAAAUUGCAAAUUGAAUUUGUGCUUCAUAUAAAUCAAAAGCAAGGUGAAGCUGAGGCUUAGGGAAUGUUUGGGACCUUUUGCACUGCGUUGGUGUUUGUAGCGAUAGCAGUGGACAAAACGGAAGCAGAGUUUUCUGUCUCGGCAGCGAACGUCGCUGCGCUACACUUUUGGUAACAGCUUCGCUUGUGGAUCCGGAGGAGGGAAGUGUUCGUCGCCGAAACCAGCAGCAAACAGAGCUUCCUUAAAUGCAACAGCAACAACAAACUCAGACGCAGCCGCAACAAUGGAAUGUCCGCAAAUUGAUUUGUAUGAAUUCCUAACCGAAGCAGAGCUGCAACAUUAUUAUAAUGCAAUAAAAAACGAACUGAAAAUCACAAAUGCUGCCCACGUUAAAUAUGCAACUGAUGAAGACCUCAAGCAUAUUGGACUAUCGCGCCCCGAAAUACGCCGAUUGCGUAAAUUCUAUGAAAAGCACUUUCCACAUGGUUAUCUGAGCAAAAUUAAGCGGCUACUACAGGCACCGGCGACAAUUGUCAAGCGGGACAGCAGCGAUGGCACUUCCACGCUUUCGAACGCGUCAUUACACAGCGCAGCGGAGUCGCCUUCAGCGGCGCACACCGCCAACUCGCCCAGCAAGGCGCCAAAUAAUAAGCACAUUAUACCAGCCGAUUCUAUAACGGUGAAUAAGCAAUUGGGUACUGGUGAAUUCGGCAUAGUGCAACAAGGUGUGUGGACCAAUGGCACAGAGAGGAUUCAAGUGGCUAUAAAAUGCUUAUGCCGCGAGCGCAUGCAAUCAAACCCUAUGGAAUUUCUCAAGGAAGCCGCUAUAAUGCAUUCCAUUGAGCAUGAAAAUAUUGUGCGUUUAUAUGGAGUUGUAUUGGCUACGGAUUCAUUGAUGUUGGUUACAGAGUUGGCCCAUUUGCGCUCCCUGCUGGAAUGUUUAAAAGAUCCUGGCUUGCGUGUCAGCUUUCUUACCAUUCCAACACUUUGCGAAUUUGCAAUGCAAAUUUGUAAUGGUAUGAGUUAUCUGGAAAACAAGCGACUCAUACACAGAGAUCUAGCCGCGCGCAAUAUUUUAGUCUUCAGCAAAGAUAAAGUCAAAAUUUCCGAUUUUGGGCUGUCACGAGCUUUGGGUGUGGGCAAAGAUUAUUAUAAAACAAACUUUAACGUUAAUCUAAAGCUUCCAAUAGCUUGGUGUGCACCGGAAUGCAUCAACUACUUGCGCUUCACCAAUGCGUCUGAUGUAUGGGCUUAUGGCGUUUGUCUUUGGGAAAUGUUUUCUUACGGUUUUCAACCAUGGGCUGCACUUACUGGGCUACAAAUACUUGAAGCAAUAGAUGCACCAAAUUAUCAGCGCCUUGAGCAACCGGAUUGCUGCCCUCAAGAAUAUUAUACACUAAUGAUGAAAUGCUGGCAAGACGAUCCUGCCAAGCGUCCUAAGUUCAGUGAGAUUUACGAGUUACUGCCCGAUAUGAAGCCUGAGCAAUUAAAAGCGGUUGUACAUUGUUUAGAACCUAAAAAAGACCACCUGUUGUAUCGCCAGGGCGAUAUUAUAACUGUACUAGAUCGAAACACGGGUACACCCUUCUGGAAGGGUGUACUUACGUCCGGUAAGACAGGUUUCUUCAAUCCCUCUAACACGGUGGCGUACUUAGAGGGUUUACCCACGGCAAACAGAGACUCGUUUUGCCGCACUACUGAACGCAUUAGCAAGCGGAAACUGCGCACGGAAAUGAUUUCGAAACCGCAAAACGAUUUUAAGCAUACUGGGCAUGUUGGCAUAGAUGGUGACUCAUUUGGUGAUAUCGCUUUUCUUGGCAAUUCACAAAAUUAUAAUCAUGUUCCACGACAAAUUGUAACACCUUACAAACCCUCGGAGGAUAUCGAACAAACGCCACUUUUACUGCCACCCACACCGACCAGCCCCGAUUCAUUACAAACCGCAAGUGGUUAUUUCCCCGAGGAGGGUCAUGGCACCUCAAUGAAUCCCACAUUUAUAUCAUCCACUGAAAACACACCCAAGCAUUUCAAUACCGGUAAUGGUGGCCAGCCGUCUUUUGAAUUUCCCGGCCAGCAGCCGCAUUCAAAAUCCUUCACCAAUCCCUUCACACAUAAAGGUGAUGAUGAAGUUUUGGUGGGUGGAGCAUUUGCCAUGCAAAACAACAAUUAUGGCUUGGAUAGUCAUAGCUUCCAAGGGGACAUAGCUGCGGCACAACAAUGGCGUGAAGCCGGAAAGAAUGGUGGCAGUACUGAGGAUCAACACGAAUAUCAUGAAAUCUCUGAUGAUGAAAUUACAGCCGAUAAGUUGGACUUUGGCCCUUCACUUUUGGAUGAAAUAAACUCUAUGUUUGGUUCAAUGAGCGCUAGCGUUAGUGUUGCACCGCCAAAGCCAUCAGAUUUCGAGCAUACGAACAAAAAGAAUGAGUUCACAGAAAUUUCUUCGAAGUUGGUAGGCAAAAGUGCUAGUUCGGGCGACACGAACGGUAACAAAUUUGGCACAUCUUCGAAAAAGAAGUCAGCAGGUACUGUCAAGCCUAUAUCGGUGAAAGAUGAACGCAUAUUGAAUCAAGCAAUCGAAAUUGCAAAUGAAAUAAGUGCAAGAUCAAUGAACGAUUUAGUGUCCGAUCAAACGUCCAACACACAAAGUCCUAAACGUAAAUUCAGUUUCCGUUUUCCGCAUUUGACAAGCGGAGGUGGAAGUGACAAAGCGUCUGGAAGUAAUGGUUCACCCACUGCAGGUGGUAGUUCAAGCGCUAAUGCUGCUGCGCAAAAGUCACUUUCGCCGUACUCGAAAAAGAAAAACUUCACCGAGGAAUUGGAAAGUAUACCAGAUUUGCAGCGAUUUCGCUCCUUAAGCGAAAUUAAAAAUGUCAAUGGUCCCGAUUUACGUAUACCGAUUUUUGAUAAGGAAAGCUCGGAUUUUUGCUUUGAAAAAUCUCGCGAAAUUCUAAGUCGUCCACUGAGUUUGGAUCCACCGCCAUCGGUAAUGCAAACUGUGACACCACCGCUAGCUGCGCUUGACGCGCAAUCACAGCGCUCGGCGCGUAAUCAAAAGAGCAUUAGUGAGAACAUAAUGGAUAUCGAAAACACCUUGAAGGCCCUAAAUCUGGACUUCAUGCAUACAUACACAGAGUUGGAUAAAACCGACUCGGAUGAGACGCUACUAAACGAGCAGUUUUCCAAUAUCGUUUCCUCUAUUGAGGACGAAAUAAGCAGCGCCACAGGCAGCCUCAAAUCUGCCAUUUACAACUACAGCAAUGGCGUGCAGACUAUGUUCGAUUUCAAUGCUGCCACCAGCCAUUUGGACAAGCAUUUGCAGUACAUCAAUACACAAAACCAUGCGCAGGCCCAGGCAGUGCUUGGUGAUUUAAUGCAAGACCAGAAAACGGCCGAGGACAAGCGCUCCAGCACACCUGACACUGGCUUUGCUUCGCGUGACACCAACAUAUCGCUUUCGCGCCGCAGCAGCCAAAAAUCUAGCUACAGUCCACAAGAGAACUACUAUAGUCCCAAAGAGACGGCAAUAAUGGCGCCCAGCGCCAGCAGCAGUAGCUACAUGGUCCAGAAGGAUGAUAGUAUACUGAUUGCCGCUGAGCGUUUCGGUGCCGCAAAAUACGGCAGCUGCGCUUCUCCAAGUAAAACGUCCGCGCUCAACGCCAGCAGCACCUCUGUUUACUGCAGCAAUCCGCUGAAGGGCGCAAGCUGCUUAGGCAUUGCCGAUGCUGAGCAGUGUAACCAAAGCGGCCACCGCCAGCGCUCCAUGUCUUUCACCGACAAUCCCAUGAACCCCAUCUCGCCGGUGCAGUCCGAGCCUCAACAGCGCUUGAAACGCCGCUCAACGCAUUUGGCUAUAGGCAGCCGAACAACGAACAAACCGCAUACGCGUAGCGCUUCCUCUUAUAAGCCGCGUUCGAUACGCGCGCGCACCUUGCGUCGCCUUAGCUAUAACCCCAUCAUUUUAGACUCAAGCACAUCAAGCGAUGAUGACCCGGUUAGUGAUUGUAAUCCGAGCAUUGCGCGUUCUGAGUGCGACAUACGCGCGCGCGUCUCAUCGCUUUAUCGCCGCCGCCGGCCGGUUAGUGGCGGUAGCGUCGCUGGAAGCGGUGCGGUACAUAAGCUACUAACGCCCGGUUGGCAAGAUGACGCGGACGAUGCGUCAGAGUUGACUACGACGUCACAGAAAAAAUUAUACGGCUCGAAUGUCAGCAUUAAAUCGGCGCCGCAUUACAAUUAUGGUACGCGCGGCAUGUCGCACCACUACAGUCGACAGUUGGAAGAGCAAUUUGCCUACGAAGAUCGAAUUUACGAUUUUGGUGGCGGACGCGGACCUGGCAACAAUUACGGCGGAGUCGGGGCUGCUAUGAAAGGCUUUGACUUGAAUGGCGGUAAGAUGCGUGGUGGCAACGGGAGUCUUGGCAUAGGUUUGAGUACCAGCGGUGGCGGUUGUGGAGGCUCUGGAUCAGGUUCAUCCUCGGCUACAUCUUCAGCGCCACCGUACACUGGUGGCGGUGUUAGCAACACGGUCAUGGGCAGCGCCGGAGAGCGUAACUUUAGUCCUCUUACCGGUAUCAGCGCGCGCAAUGCGGUCUUCCACGAAUUCGACGUCAGCCGUUUGACAGGUAAAAGUCCCACUUCUAAUUUCGCCAACUCUUCGCCAGAGGAGCGCAAUCGCGCACAUCCAUCGCCACCCAAAUCGCUGCCGCUACCGCCAUUGCCACUAUUGAAUGCUGCUGCGCCCGCAAUGCCAGCCGGCAACGCUGUGACCGUUGCACAAACGUCUUUGGGUAGCGGUAAACAACAAUUGGAAUUCCAAUGGCCAGAGAAGAUACACGCCUCAACGGUGAAGCAGAACGAGCUAUUGUGGCGGCAACAGCAGCAACGUCAACAAGGCAAAUCAUCGUCCAAGCAGCAGUCACGUAAUGCAUUUUUGGGUAGCAUGCGCGUUAGCAGCGCUACUGCCGGAAUGGGUCUCGGCCUAGGCAGUGGCGUUGGCGUUGGCGUUGGCGUCGGCGGAGGACCCGGCGAUCCGAUUUACACCAGUGACAGUUCUUCCAGCGAUAGCGAUGAAUUCGCUUUUCGCACCGAGUUCAUACCUCAUGUUCCACCAAGUCCAGCUCCAUAACUAAGAAGAAUGCUGAAAUAUUUUUUCAAUUUACUUUUUGGUAAUGUAUUGGACGAGCAUUAGCGCUGAGAUGCGCCGACGAAGAGACAAGAAUUGAUUGAAGCAAAAUGGCAGAAUUGAAUUAGGAAUAAGCUGAAUUUUAUUGUUGUAAGCAGAGCAAUUUGUGGCUUCGCAAAUGCUGGGAGAGCAACUAAGCCGUUGCUUUUCAGAUUUACGAAUACACGUUUGUAUAAUUGCUGUUAGAAGUUCGAAAUCGCAACAAGUUUAUGAAGAAUUGAAAUAUUUUUAAUGAAGAAAUAAUAAAAAGUUUGCAAUUGGCGUUAUCGAUGUGCGCGUUAGCCGGUCGAUCGGUCGGUAUAAUGUCUGUUGUGGGAAUUGAUGCCCAAAGUUUUAUUGACAAAAUAUUUACAGCGCAGAUAAUUCUUAACAUAGGGAGUGCCUUAUCGAGAGUAAUUAUUUUCUGCACCACUCAAAACACACACAUUCAUACAUAUGUACUUACAUACAUAUAUCAUAUUUGCGUGAAAUAUUUUCUCGUAAUGCCUUUUGUUUUUCUCAAUUUCACAUCUUCAUUGCGCGGUUUCACACGCAAAAACAGAAACAAUAAUUCACAAAUAUGCGAAUUUACAUCACAUAUUUACCAAACAGAAAUACAAAAGUGAAAAGUUCCCUAUUUGCAAAAUAAAUUUUUAUGCAGACUUUUUAUGCGCAACAAUCAAUAGCUUAAUGGAAUUUUUAUGAAGAAUAUUAUUACUUUUGCAUUUACAUUUUGGCUUUUAUAAGAGUAGGUAACGCAAGAGCGAGAAGCUACAUAAAAACAGUAAACUUUUGAACACAAUUCAGAUUGAAAGCGAUUUCAACAAGUAUAAAG